AUGACAGCUAUCGAAAAAGCGCUUGCGGCAAUCAAUUCGCAAGGUCCAGAAGGACAAAUCUCGUACCGUGCAGCUGCAAAAAUAUAUGGUGUUGCGGCAUCAACUUUGACGCGUCGCCACCAAAACAAAACGCGGUCGCGUGCAGCCGCUGCACACCCACGACGACUACUCUCACCACAACAAGAGAAAUACCUUGUCCAGCACAUAGAAAAACUC